GGAUGGCUGUCGAUAGAUAGCAGUCUGUAUAGCUAGCUGGCUGUCGACCUGGCUCUCUCUUUGCCUGCCUGCCUGCCUAUCUGUCACUUGAGUCAGGCAGGGGUGGUUCGUUUGGUUCGUGUCGGUCUUUUGGUCUGUCUGUCCGAGCAUGCCAUGCAUCCAUCGAUCGAUCAACAACACACAUGUACUAUACAUUCCGUUCAUUCAUUCACUCAGUACUGCCUGCCUGCCUGCCCUUGCCUGCACCCACUCAUUCACGCCCCGCCCCACCCCGCUCACCCAUGCGCUACACCUUAGUGCGACUGCCUCGCGCGUUGUCGGAGGUACAUGACGAUGUCGUGAAACAGAUCCUUCUCGUCCACACUGUUGAACCGCUGGAUACAUACAUCCAGCCAUCCAGCCAGCCAGCCACAGGGACACAGAAGACUCACAUACAUGAAUGACAUCAUCGACUGGUGCUCGUCAUCACGCAAGCUGGCUUCCCUCAACGGACUGGUGGUUUGUUUGGGCCCCACCCUUUGCUUUGCUUACCAAGGGUAUGCAGUUGCCCGACUCUUCCAGGUGAAUGGCAAGAGACCUGACGGUCAUGACGCACACCACACCAUAUGGACGACACAAUGCCGUGCCAUCACUCCCACAUUAGAUAGAUACAUACGCUCGUACACACUACAAACGCCAUUGCAUUGCUUGUCUCAAUUCGGCUGCCCCGCCUGGCUGGCUGGCGUGGGCGAGCCAGCCAGCCCAUCCAUUAUGUAUGUGGCGCCCUGCCCUUAGUGCGUGUGUGUGGACUUGCCUUGGGUCGUCAACGAUGCUUGCCCUUGUUUCUACUCUUUUGAGCUGUCUCGACACCAACAGCGCCUUUAUAUCACGUAUCGCUACCUUACGGGUCUUCUCCUGCACGCACACCACAGCCAGCACACAGCAGCACGUAGGAAGGACACGCAGCGACCGACCGAAGAGGCCAGACAGACACGAGCAGGGACACCCAGACAGCGGUGGAGGGAGGAGUCAAGUGAGGGGCAGUGGAGGUGAGAGUGAGUGAGUCAUCCACCCAUCCAUCCCACCUGGAAGGAGAUGGUGAAGGUAAGGUCGUCAACGUCGAGGCUCACAGUACACAAAAGGGAGGUGCCGUCCUGCACACACGCACACACACACAGACAGACAGACAGACAGACAGAGGAAGAGAGAGAGUGAGAGUGGCGAUCAGUGUGUCCCGUCCUCCGUCCUCCCGAGAUUGACUGUUUGACUGGCUGGGGCUGGUUGGUUGGUUGGUUGCCUGACCUGCAGGAUGACGGUGACUCUGAGCCCAUCCUGCAGCUUCCGUUGGAAGGCUUCGAGCUCAGGGGUGAAGGCAGCCGCCUCUGCCCCCUCACCAGGGCCGCCUGUCGGAGACCCAUUCAUCCUGAACAAUCAACCAACGAACCAACCAACCAAAACAUGAACCAAUUGAGUGAAUCACACACAUACGUGCACAGAGGACGGACAGACAGACAGACAGACAGACAAGGGGAGGACAGGACGUGACGUUUCAUUGAGCCCGCCUGCCCGCCUGCCUGCCUGCCUCGCGAGCGAGCGAGCGAGCGAGCCUGGCUGCCCUUCCCUCCCUCGACCUCUCCUUCUCAUGUAUGUUACCUACCCAUUGGUAGCCUGCACCAUCAUAAAGUCACACACAGGACAACAGAGGGUAGCUAGCCUAUUGCCUUGCCUUAAGGGCGCCUGUCUGUGCAAGUAGGUCUGUACUGAUGCUCACGUGGUGGCUGCCUUGCGCCGUUCCGUUGUCCGCAUAUCCAAAACGGUUCCCUGCAGGCAGGGCAGGCACCACACGGACGUGCCGCGUCUAGACUUCGUGCAGCUGGCCCGCCCCAGGCAGAGCUGAGCUCGUGACCGAUCCGAGUCAGGCGAGCUCUGUUGGUUGUACUGAAUUCUCUCCCUCUCCCUCUGUCUGUCUGUCUGUCUGUGUGUUACCCACCCACCCUGUGUGUCAUUGGGCGGCAGGAAUACGCGGUCCCUGUUCUGACCCACGUCGGUCGGCUCGACCUGACCCGCCACCAACACCAACAGAAGACCCUCAUAAGCCAUUCACUGGAUGCCCUUUCGUCCUCCCUCUGUGCCCCCACACCCACCGCACCGAGCAACAUGAAGACAGAUUCCCUGCACGCACACCCACACAGCAGAGGCCACCAAAGCAUGCCGAUAAUGAACCAACCGUCAGUCAUGGCUUUCGUGCCAUUUCUCUCCUUUGCUUCCCGUAUGUCUUACCCAUUCCAACCCCCCUCACAACCGUGCUCCUCCCAAUCACCACCCGGCAGCACAAUGCACCGAACCUGCCUCACCACUCGUCAGCACGGCUCACAAUCAAAAUCAGUCUCUAG